AUGGCCAAGAAGCAGCAGGCAGCAGUUCAAUACGCAGGAGGUCGUGCCCGAGUGCGACCGCCGCCGCCACCGCGCCUCGGCCCUGCCGGGGUGACCCGCGUCCUCCUUCUCCCUUCCAGGUUGGUGUCAACAGUCCAGGCCACGAUGGCGACGGUGUCGGGGAUCACGGUUGUCGUUAACUGCAAGGACGUGGUGUACGACAGGCACUGGCUGGCCGUGGAGUACAUCUGGGUCCUCGUGCCCUACAUGACCUACGACAUUUACGUCAUGUACCUCUGCCACUGGCACAAGAGCCGGGACCGGGGAGUCGCGGAGAAGAAGCACUCGCUGGCCAGCGUGCGGAGCUUCCUCCUGCAGGAGCGGCUGAUGGUGACCCACCACCUCUUCAUCCUCAUCGUGCUCACCCCCGUCACCCAGCACUUCAGGGGAGAGCUGGGGGACUUCUUCGUGGGCUGCAUCUUCACAGCAGAGCUGAGCACGCCUUUCGUAUCGCUGGGCAAAAUCCUCAUGCAGCUCAAAAUGCAGGACACCCUCCUGCACAAGGUGAACGGGAUCCUCGUCCUGGUGACCUUCUUCCUCUGCCGUAUUCUCCUCUUCCCCUUCAUGUACGCGGCCUAUGCCAGGCAGGUGGGAAUCCCCAUUUACAUGGUGCCUUUCCGCAUCCCCCUGCACUGCAACAUCGCCAACGCCUCCCUCAUCGCCCCCCAGCUCUACUGGUUCAGGCUCAUCUGCCGCAAAGCCGCCCGGCUCUACGGCACUUCCGGCAGCACAUGGCAAACCCAGCGAUCCGCCCAGGACUAG